UCUGUGCCUUCCCAGUAACCCCUCGGAAUUGGGGGAAGGCUUUGUAAAGUAUACAUAAUUUAAUUCAUUUUUAAUGAACUUAGCUAGUUUUCAUCAACAAAUAGCAACUUUGUUUAAUUAUCUAAUGCUAUACGGAAGUGAUACAUCCAUGCAUGGGUAUAGUUCAAUCAAUUUCAAUGUUUGCAAACUCUGAAAUGCGUUGCAGUCAUUAGCUAGUUUGCUUGUUAGCAGGCUAGCCUGUUAACAUUACUGGUCUGAGUGGAACGAUAGCUAGCUAACAAUCUAGCUAGAAUUCAGCUUCACGAUUUUUUGUGGAUAAUCAUUUUUUCCAUUGCUUGUCAUGGUUACAACCACAAUGUCAAUUUGGUUGAAUGCAUGGACAAUUGAAAUAAUAUGGUCAGUUUAAACGGAAGUCUGAAGAAGUGAGACCGGGGGUACAUCUAUAAGAUUAAUUUCUGGUAUGUGGCAGUGAUGCUCAAUUCUGGCUUUUGUACUGUUACUUGUGUGUUAAGAAGUGGAGCGCAUGUCGAAGAUUUAAGUGGACAGGUCUGGAGGAGCGAGGUCUAACGCGAUGUGACAGGAUGCUGCACCAUCACUGUCGAAGGAACCCGGAGCUGCAGGAGGAGCUGCAGAUCCAGGCCGCCGUGGCUGCCGGGGAUGUCCACACCGUGCGGAAGAUGCUGGAGCGCGGCUACUCCCCCAACAUCCGCGACGCCAACGGCUGGACCCUGCUGCACUUCUCUGCAGCCCGAGGGAAGGAGCGAUGCGUCCGCGUCUUCCUGGAGCACGGAGCCGACCCCACGGUGAAGGACUUAAUCGGCGGCUUCACCGCGCUACACUACGCCGCCAUGCACGGCCGCGCGCGCAUCGCCCGCCUCAUGCUGGAGUCGGAGUUCCGCAGCGACAUCAUCAACGCCAAGAGCAACGACGGCUGGACGCCGCUGCACGUGGCGGCGCACUACGGGCGCGACUCCUUCGUGCGGCUGCUGCUGGAGUUCAAGGCCGAGGUGGACCCGCUCAGCGACAAGGGCACCACGCCGCUGCAGCUGGCCAUCAUCCGCGAACGCUCCUGCUGCGUGCGCAUCCUGCUGGACCACUGCGCCAACAUCGACAUCCAGAACGGCUUCCUGCUGCGCUACGCCGUCAUCAAGGGCAACCACGCCUACUGCCGCAUGUUCCUGCAGCGCGGGGCCGACACCAACCUGGGCCGGCUGGAGGACGGCCAGACGCCCCUGCACCUGUCCGCGCUGCGGGACGACGUUCUCUGCGCUCAGAUGCUCUACGCCUACGGGGCCGACACCAACACCCGCAACUACGAGGGCCAGACCCCCGUCGCCGUGUCCCUCAGCAUGUCCGCCACCAGCCGGCCCUGCCUGGACUUCCUGCAGGAAGUCACCAGACAACCAAGGACAUUGCAGGACUUGUGCAGAAUAAAGAUCCGACAGUGUAUAGGCCUUCAAAACCUCAAGUUCCUGGAGGAGCUGCCUAUCGCCAAGGUCAUGAAAGACUAUUUAAAACACAAGUUUGACGGCGUCUGAUUCCACCCUGCGAAAUCAGGCAAGACUGCCACGCUGCUGCUCUGAUGAGACUAUGCAAAUGCUGUUUUUAUUUCUACGCAAGACCUCAGAGCACAGAUACAGUUUUUAUAUAACCCUGCAAAGUCUUAGUUUUAAUAUGUUUAGCACCAGAUUACUUAAUUUAAAUGUGUUGGCAUCUUUCUUAUGGGUGCAAAAAUUGGGUAAGAAAUCGUUCCUGUUUGAGUGCAAAUGACAGGGUGAAAUGAAUUAUGCGUUUAAAAAAUAAAUGAUUUUCGUUUGAGAAGUGAAGAAAUUAUUUAGAAGUGGUGUAGGGAAAGUGGAUGGCUAAAAAACUGUUAGUUUGAGGCUGGCCUACAAGAUUUGUCUGAUAGAUUAAUGUUGAGUAGAACAGAAUUUGAAGUGACUGAACAGGCAGUAUUUUAUUGGGAAAAACUGAGUUUCAUCAGUCUGUGAAAAAUGCAUUCAGUUAGAUAUUCCUUAGUCUUUUAUUAAAUUAGGUCCAAUUUGACCCAUGAAUAAAUGAUAUAAUUUAGUUCUCUGACACUUUGUAUUGCCCACUUUUCCACUCCAGAUUGUUCUUUAAAUAAGCCUUACUACAGACAGAUUGAAGUGUUUUUGUUUGUUGAAAAUGUGCAUGUGUUCUGUAUGCUCAGGGGGGAGGCUGUGUGAUUCUCAAGGCCUGGCACCUGCAGCACCACUGGAAAUGAGCUGCGUUUCUGCAUUUACCUUCAUUCACACGGGGAGCAGAGCACCACACACUGUGGUAGUGCCCUGCAAGCUUUGCUUUAGCAUUUUCACUCCUCCAGUAUUUCACUUUUACAUAUCGAAGCCAUUCAGCCCGGCCAAAGGUCCAGCGCAUUACUGUCACAAUACCUUUUCAGUGGAAGGCUCUGUGCCAUGGGGUGUAACGAUAUUACAAGAACUGAAAGUUAAGAUCUGUUUUAAGCUGAAAGGAGAAAAUCUGAACAAGCGCCCCACAAUCAAAAGCUACAGGCCAGUGUGUUUGAUACAGGCUAAGACUUUGCAUCCCCAGACAGGACUAAACGAUUGCUCUUGGUACUGUUUUGGUCAUUUUAUGUGUGGGCAGCUUUCUGAAACGACUCCAGCUCAAAACCUUGUAAGAUUUUCUGGGGGAAUCAAACGUUUAGAUACCAGGUAAUAGUACGUAUGAGACAUAUUUUGUUAUUUUACAUAGAAAACCCUUUAUGUAUUGCCUUUCAUUGAUUAAAAUUAGUUUUCUGCAGUCUUAAUAUUAACAAAAGAGCAGUUUGUCUGCACAGAAAGAAAACACUAAGCAUUGGAGGUUUUUCUGAAUAAUAAAAUCACCUUCAUAUUUUGCAAUUAAUUUACAGUGUAUAGAAAAACAUAAUCGUACAAAAGAAAAAUGUAAAUAUUUGUGUCAUAUGUACAGCAGAUAUUUUUUUAAUGUAAUUUAAAAGUUAUAUCUCGUAUUAAGUGUUUGGAAUAUGUUUAAAGGUCUCGUGCUUUGUUUUGAUGUAGCUUGUGCAGUGUCUUUUCUCAAUGCUGACAUCUUAGAAGUGGCAGAAUCUCUUGCGUUACAAUGGGAAUCAAACUUUUUUUUUUUUGUGGUAUAAUGCAGGGGGCAUUGAAUGAGCUGCAGUGGCUUUUCUUUUGAGAGUUAAUAUUAGGUACUGCAUCUGAAAAUGCCCUGUACAUUUUCAAGGAAUGUUUUGUAUUCCAAACACCCUUUUCAUUGAUUUGAAGACCAAACUGUGAAUCUUAUAAGAGUUCUACUUUCAGAUAAUUAUUUUCCACCAAAAACAAAACAUUUACUUGAUUUUUAAAUAUAUAUUUUUCCCUAGAGUGUUCACGUGUAGUCAUUUUUGCUUAUUAAAAACCACUUUGUAAUA